GAGUCCUGGGGGCAACUUCACCUGCGUCUCUGCGCCUCUCAGCCCGGAUGUUCAGCGCGAGCCUCCGUCAUCCGCCGCUGAGCCGACGCUCAGCUUCAAGCGCAGUUUAAAGACAAAUCGCUGCCGAUCCAAGCUCUGUCCCGCCUCGCUCCAAAGGUCCCACAGCCGCUGCACGUCCCACCUCCGAGUCCACGACAGGACUUGGACAGGCUGCUGGAAGGAUGAUGUCCUACAUUAAGCAGCCCCAUUACACCAUGAACGGGUUAAACCUGCCUGGUCCCGGGAUGGACGUCCUUCACACCACGGUCGCUUAUCCCCCAACCCCACGGAAGCAGCGCAGGGAGCGCACCACUUUCACUCGGACCCAGCUGGACAUCCUUGAAGCUCUGUUCUCCAAGACGCGCUACCCGGACAUCUUCAUGAGGGAGGAGGUGGCCCUGAAGAUCAACCUGCCUGAGUCCAGGGUGCAGGUUUGGUUUAAGAACCGCCGUGCCAAAUGCCGGCAGCAGCAGCAGCAGAGCAACGGACAGUCCAAACCUCGUCCUCCUAAGAAGAAGGCCUCACCGGUGCAGGAGCCUAGCGCCCCUGAUCCAGUUCCCAAUCCCUCUGGUUCUUACAGCCCCUCCUCCGCUCAGUCAGCUGGACCCAGUCUGGCCCCCAGCUCCAGCACGGGGAACACCGCCGUGUCAAUCUGGAGCCCAGCCAUCUCCCCCCUGCCCGACCCCCUGGCCUCCUCUGCCCCUUGCAUGCAGCGACCUUCGCCGUACCCCAUGAGCUACGGCCAGCCCUCUGCCUACGCUCAGGGCUAUGCCAGCACCACCUCGUACUUCACUGGCCUGGACUGCAGUGCCUACCUGUCCCCCAUGCACUCGCAGCUGUCCGGCACUGGGGGUGCUCUCAGUCCCAUCACCGUCCCCUCUAUGGGAGGGUCUUUGAGCCAGUCGCCGGCGUCCCUUUCCUCACAGGGCUACAGCACGGCCUCGUCCCUGGGCUUCACCACUGUGGACUGCCUGGACUACAAGGACCAGCAGGCCUGGAAACUGGGCUUCACUACAAUGGACUGCCUGGACCACAAGGACCAAAACUCCUGGAAAUUCCAGGUCCUCUAGAGCCUGAAGGAUGAAGUCCUUGAUGGGAGCGUUGAAGAGUGUGACUUAGACUUUUUUCUGCUGAUUGUUGAUAACGUGUUUGUAGGCUGUUUGAAUAAUUCUCUGAGUUUUGUAGGAUUGGACCAACCUGGAGGCGGCGCUGUGCGAUGGAUGCUAACGGACCCACGGGUCUGUCCUCUUCAUGCUGUUUAAAUACAAAUUCAAGCCUUUUCAUUGUGUAAAGAGGACAUUUGGUUUGACAUGAAAGAACUGUAGACUCCGUCCUCCUCCUCAAAUAUUUAUCAUCAUUUUAAGCCACAUUUAGCUCGAUCAUUUGCUUUGAUUUAGAUAUGUUUUGGUCAUCUGUGUUAUUUCUAGCUGUGUUAGCGUUUAGCAUCGAUUUCACCUGUUGGAUGGAAAAAAGAUGAUCUGUUUUAGCUGUGUGAAGUAUU